AUGGAGAUUCUCUGCGUGAUCUGUACGGCAUCGUCAGAUUUGGCGAUUGUCUCCAAUGCUGCCCGCCAGGAAGCAAAUGAUCUCAUUCUGCUCAAGACCGCAUCUGGCUACGUCGAGCGUAUCCAGCGUCCGGGAAGCAAGCCAUAUAUCGAAGACUGGCACUGUCUGCACAGAAUCAGACCGGGACGAUUGCUAAUGGAGACAAUGCCGAGCUUGUCCGUCACUCUGAAAAAGAGUGCAAGAGUGAUAAGAAGCAAUAACAACAAAAGAAAUUCUGAGGUCAUAGGCCUCCAGAAGAGCUACGAAGGUUCUGGAGAGAAUAUUGCCACUACCCCAAGCAAAGUCACAACACCACAGAAAGGACAUGAAAGCCGAGCCCUCGAGCUAGCAGCCAUCCAAGUUGAGCCAGUCAUCGCUGCCAAGCGCUCAGGCAUCCGGUUGAAGGUUCCAGGGUCCGUCCGUGGUGGAUGGAAACUGGGUCUCCCAGUGAUUGUGCCAGUGCCUCCGGUCGCGUGGACGAGCAACCAAGAUUCCGACUUGGUACCUGAAAACAACGGAAUUGGUUACAAGAUGCGUCUCCCUGAUUGUCCAAGACAAUAUAAAACGGCAGAUCUCUGA